UAUGCAGGUGCUGGUGGAGGAUGCGCAUUUCUUCUGAUACUUAUCAUCAUAAUAAUUGUUUUCGUCACAUGUAGACGCAGAAAUACAGAGAAGCGAUCACCUGCUACUGACCAUCCAUUAACAACGAUGAUUCCUACUAAGAACGACAAUCAGGAACGUAAUAGACCUGCCGACGAGGAAGAGAAUCCUUGCUAUGAGAAUAAGAGUGCAGAGACGGAACGCGACUAUGAGAACAUGACAGUGGACAAUAACGAACUAACAAAUAUGAACUCGGAGAAGAGAUCUACCAUGAAAGAAGCAACACCCGACCCUGCAUCUCUCUAUGCCAUGCCUGACAUGUCAGCUAAAAACUCAUCUCGACCUAAGACGUACACCUCGCCACCAAAUGACACAGAUGACCCGUCAUUGCUGUACGCUAUGCCAGACAGAAGAGCUAAGCCGGUGAAUUUGAGCAACGGGAAACCAGCGCUGGGAGAGGAAAGCCUCCACGCGCUGUACGCCACUUCCACGAAAAACCGCUUGGAGCCGAUCGGUAUGGAGGCAUCGACAAAUGGGGAGGGCGUGUACGCGCUACCAGACAAAACCCCCCGUGACCACGUGACCCAAAAUGGCGCCGGAAAGCGUGAUGAUGUAGAAGCCAUGCACGCCAUGCCAGAUAAAUCACGACAGACCAUUGAUGUUGAUAACACUGUAAUGAUAGCAAAUGAUAUUUACAGUUCUACAUAG